UCGUAGAUGAAAAAAGUUCCAAAAUGGAUUGUUUACCAACUCACUUGGCAUUAACUUUGUGGAAUUCUACUAAGAUGUGAAUCAAAUCAUGAGAGAAAAUUGAAUUGCACAAGUAAGAAGAAGAUGAGUUCUGAUGAUGUGGAGUCUAGGGAGUCACUGUUGGAGCCAAAUGGACACGCCAAAGUGGUGGUUGAGCGACCUGUGUUCUCCCAACAGAAAUUUGAUGAGGGAUUUAGCCCGGGGGCACGACCCCAGACCACGUUUAAGGAGAGCCUCCUUAAGUCUUGUAAAAAAUGCCAGUGUUCCAAAGACUGCUUCCUGAGUUUUCUGUAUAGGAUUUUCCCAUUUAUUGGGAUCAUGAAGGACUAUAAUAUCCGGACUGAUCUGACAGGGGAUAUUGUGUCUGGACUCACUGUGGGGAUCAUGCACAUCCCUCAGGGUAUGGCUUAUGGAAUGCUGACCACUCUUGAUCCAGUAUAUGGCCUGUACACUUCAUUUUUUCCUGUGAUUCUGUAUUUCUUUUUUGGAACCUCUAGGCACAUUUCUAUAGGAACCUUUGCUGUAGCUUGUCUGAUGAUGGGCUCAGCCAUUGAGAAAGGUUUGAAGUCUCCAGGUGUACAUAUUAUUACAACAUGUGUCAAUGAAUCAAGUGCCAUGGCAACCAUGAAUCUGACCAAUCAGAGUCUUCCCCUGUACACACUGUCAUGUAGUGACAACACAGAGUCGGUCAAGCUGGAGAUAGCAAUGGCCGUCACCUUUGUUGUCGGUCUGAUACAGCUUCUAAUGGGUGUGACCCGCCUAGGCUUUGUGACGACCUACCUCUCUGACCCACUCAUUAGUGGAUUCACCACGGGGGCGGCCUGUCAUGUAUUUACUAGUCAGAUCAAACACGUGUUUGGAAUCACAACUGACCGAUACAGUGGGGCUUUUAAACUUAUUUAUACAUACAUUGAUUUCUUUGGAAAACUGGCCCACACCAAUGCAGUAACCCUAAUAGCUUCUGUGUUAUGUAUGGCGAUGAUCUACAUUGUAAAAGAGUAUAUCAACAAUAACCCAAAGAUAAAACCCAGACUCAAAAUGCCAGUCCCUAUAGAACUCAUAGCUGUAGUACUAGGAACUGUGAUAUCAUACUUUGUAGAUAUUAACAACAAUUACGGUGUCAAAAUAGUCGGAGAUAUUCCUACAGGACUUCCUGUUCCCACUGUGCCAAACUUUUCCCUGAUGCCUGAUGUUAUAGCUGAUGCCUUUGCUUUAGCUGUUGUUGUCUUUGCUAUCUCUGUAUCUAUGGGCAAAAUCCUUGCCAGGAGGCAUGGAUAUGAAAUUGAGUCUAACCAGGAGUUGAUUGCCUAUGCUAUAACCAAUAUUGGCAGCUCUUUCUUCUCUUCCUUUGCAUCUUCUGCAUCUUUAUCAAGGAGUCUCAUUCAGGAACAUGUUGGAGGGGUCACUCAGCUGACUGGGCUGGUAUCUAGUGCUCUGCUCCUCCUUGUGCUUCUUGUAUUAGGGCCAUACUUUAAAACUUUACCCAAGUGUGUUCUGGCUGCAAUCAUUAUUGUAGCUCUAAAGGGAAUGUUCCGUCAAUUCCUGGAGCUUCCCAAACUCUGGAAAUUAUCCAAGAUUGACUUUCUGAUCUGGAUCCUGUCAUUCCUAGCCACUGUGAUAUUAGAUGUAGAUCUCGGCCUGUUGUUUGGAGUUAUUGUAGCUAUAUUUACUGUUGUGUACAGGGUACAGAGACCUUAUGUAUGUGUACUGGGACAGAUGCCAGGUACUGAUAUCUACAGAGAUAUUUCUGUUUAUAAAGAGGCACAAGAAAUUCCACGUGUAAAGAUUUUCCGUUUUGAAAAUGCCUUAUUUUUUGUGAGUGUGGAACAUUUUAAAAACAUGCUCUUUAAGUUCACUUGUAACCCACGGCAUGUGAAACAGGAUAUUGAAGCAGCUAGAUAUCGCAUACAGAAAGAGAAAGACAAGUUUGACAAAAUUACAUUCAAGAAUUCCACUGACGAGGUUGAGAUGACAGUGAAUGGGAACGAGACCCAGAUUUCAGAAUUCCAGUCCUCCAUUGUAGAACCUGAGGUUGGCUUUGACACCAUCAUCUUGGACUGUUCCACAUGGAGUUUUAUUGAUGCCAUGGGUGUGAAAGCCCUCACAUCAGUUAUCAAUGACUUUCGAGAAAUAGAUGUUAAAAUUCACUUGGCUUUUUGCAAAGCUGGAAUUCGAGAAAUGUUCGAGAAGACGGGUUUCUUUGGUUGCCUAGACAGACACAACUUAUUUGUGACUGUACAUGAUGCUGUUUUACAUGCUCAACAUCAGAAAACAAAUGGAGAUAGUGACUCUGACUCGCCACAAGAUGGCGCUCCAGGCUCUCUAGCAGUGGUGGUGCAGUCCGCCAGCAGUGGGAGUGAGACUGAUGAUAAAUCAUGAUGAUUUAAUUGAUCCUAUGCAACUGACACAAACUCUUGUGGAGGGUUCAACCCUGCCCAAUCUCAGGCAUAAACAAACAAACAGCAUUCCAUCGAGCCUUUGUGUGAACAACACAUGCACAAUAUGAAUUAGUUGGAUGAGGAUGAUCAUUAUUUGAAUUACAGGCAAACCUCAGUAUCUCAAAGUAUAAACUUCAAUAUAUCCAGGGAUUCUAGAUAUAAAAUUAAGACUGAAAUUUAUAGGAUGUCAGGAUCUUCCCUUGUUAUAUUUGACAUGUUGGUGAUUGCUAUUCUUUUCAAUAUGUCAAAAUUAGUUAUCAUUACUGAUUUGAUGUGGGGUUUUAGAUAUGGCCACAUUUUUUCAGUUCAAUUCCUUUUAUUUUAUCACUUUCUUCUUUUCAUUUGUGUGGCAGUUAGACUAUGUGCUGUGAACUUAAAAUAUAGUCAUUACAUUAAGAUUUGUGAAUUGAAUCUUGCUGUCAUAAUUUGAUACCUUCAUGUUAGAGUGAAGCAAAAUGUAACUUUAUGAAGAAAGGUGAACUUGCUAAUGUUAUAUGUGAUGUGUUUAACAACAUGUUUUUAUUGGUUAUCUGUUUUGUUAGAACUUUUUUUGUAUGCAAUGGUGUAGCAGUUAAAUAUUUUCAGUUAAAGAUGAUAUAAUUUGUUACAGAAAAUCAAUAUUUUUAUAUACAAUUUUACUUCUACAUAUGCAAUAUUAUUUACGGUUUGAAGUGGGAAAUAUGUGAUUAUUGUAUUUGAGGGUUUUAUGAGUUCCUGUACAAAGUGGAUGUGCUCUUAUGUUGUUUGUUCUUCAUGUAGAGAAUAUUUUGUACCAUAUUUAAGUUAAACUAAUGAAUUAUUGAUCACCACUGAAUAUGCAUUAUACUUUAAAUAUGUUGGAAAUGUUUUACUUUGAAUGAUAAAUCUCACUUUGAUGUUAAACACAAAGGAGAAUUGUAUGAAAUGUAAUGAACUUUACAAGUAAGAACUAUAUGUCUUUAGACAGAAAUCAAGGUUUUUUUAAAAAAAAACAUCAGGGCUCUAUUACAUAAUUAUAUAUAAUAUUUUCUUCCAUUGAUAUAUGUUACAUCCCACAUUAUAUUUCAUUUUCUUUUUGUAUUUAAUAAUUUUUUUUUGUCUUUCAAUAUGCUGAAGACAUUAUUGGGUGCAGUAACAUCAUAAAGGUUAUCUCUCAAUCCUCAUGUUUGACAUCACACUGUACUAUAGAAUUUUAGGGUAUGUCAUAGAGAAAGCUUGAAGUUUAGCAAGUGUACAAUGGGAAAAACAGGUUCCAUAAUUCUUUCUUUUUUAGUUUUUCUCAAGUUAAAAAAAUAACUAACUUGCAAGGGUUUAGGAGCCUUUAAUUUGUUCCCAUUCUAUCCAUUAGUUAUAGUCUUAAUGCACGUAAUAUUGGUAAAGUAUAUUUUUGCAAAUUUAUUUAUUUAAGCAAUAGCAUAAGAUUUUCUUUGAGUACAUGUAUAUAUGGAUUAAAUUGGGCUCAGUGAAAUUUGUGAUUUUCUAUGACACAAUUGUAUAUGAAGAUUGGUGUGUAAUAUUUAUGUUCUUGAAUGUUAAGUUUAGUUAUGCUAAGUAUAAUUUCCUGCUUUGUUUUGUUUCUUUUUUUCAUUCCAGUUUGAAACAUUUGCAAGGCAAAAAUUUUAUUGUUGUGUUUUUAAGAGGUAUGUUAAUCACAUUAUAUAACCAAUAUUCUCUGUAUACACAUGUUUAUUUUUUUCAAAAUAAAGGUUGUCAUUACA